CAACAACACCACAAGGAAAAGUUGAGAAUCCGGAGGAGGAGAUGUUGCCAGAUGGGUUCAUCGAACGGACCAAAGGGAAGGGGAUGGUGUGUGGGUGGUCCCCACAGGCGGAGGUACUGGCCCACAAAGCGAUCGGAGGGUUCGUAUCGCACUGCGGAUGGAACUCGAUCAUGGAGAGCUUGUGGAACGGUGUGCCUUUGGUGACGUGGCCAAUGUCCGCUGAACAACAGCUCAACGCGUUCACUAUGGUGAGGGAGUUGGGAGUGGCGGUGGAGAUGAGGUUGGACUAUCGCCGCGGUGGUGACCUUGUGAUGGCCGAUGAGAUAGAAAGAGCGGUGAGGAGUGUGAUGGUAAGUGACAGUGAUGUGAGAGAGAAGGUGAAAGAGAUUGGAGAGGAGCAAGAAGGCGUUGGUGGAGGGUGGAUCUUCAUUCAACGUGAUCGGAAGGCUGAUGGAGGAUAUGUUAGUCAAUGUUUGAUUGCCAACAAUUUACACGGCAGAGCAUUUGUGAGCAUUUGUCAAUUUCACAAUAAAGUAAAGGUAAUUAAAUUCGCAAUAUGUUUGUGGUGGAGAAGUUAUUGGUUGGUGUGAUGUCGUGAUUGGUAGAGAAAUUAAUUUUUUGAGUUUUUUGAUUUUUUUA